AUGAGUAUUGCCUACCUAGAUCCUGGAAAUAUAGAAAGUGACUUACAAUCUGGCGCCAUCGGUCGAUUUCAGCUCAUUUGGGUACUCCUUCUAGCUCAUGUACUCGGAUUGUUAUUACAGCGACUUGCUGCUCGAAUUGGUGUUGUAUCUGGAAAACAUAUGGCUGAGAUUGCUCAUUCAUACUACCCACGAGUGCCUCGAAUAAUAUUAUGGAUCAUGGUUGAAAUUGCUAUCAUCGCUUCCGACAUGCAAGAAGUGAUAGGGACUGCAAUCUCUUUAUACUUACUAACCGAUGGAUUCAUACCUCUUUAUGCAGGUGUAUUGAUAACAAUAUGCGACACCUUUACAUUUUUAUUCUUUGAAAGGUAA